GGAGACGUAGAGAAUAUGCCAAGUGUGGAGAUUGAAGUGGAUAAGCCGGUUGAGAAGAAAGAACAACCUAGCCCGCUGCAAAAGUUCGUGCCGCGUGACUGCUUCGUGAGGCUCGACCGCUGCGACAUCUCGAGCUACAUUAUAACACACCACAAGCCCGCCAAAACCUCCAACACACCUCCAGAAACUAACCACAAAGACAACGACAAACACCAACAUAAUUUAGCCACAAACACAUACGACUGCGACACAUGCGGCAGAUCGUACAGACAGAAGCGUCAUCUCAAACGACAUGUCAAAAUGCAUCUGCGGACACAAUUUAAAAAGCCAAAAAAGCGAAAAGAUUUUAUCGAACCACUGUUCCCUUGUGUAGUAUGCGACAAAAAGUUCACGCGACCAUAUUCAUUAAAGAUGCAUGAAAGAAUUCACACAGGGUUAAAACCAUACUCAUGUGAGUACUGUGAUAAACAAUUCGCCGUUUUAGGAUGCUAUGAAAUACACAAACGCGUCCAUACAGGUGUAAGACCGUACUCAUGUAAGUUGUGUAAAAAAACCUUCACGCAGUACGGCCAUUUGAGGACGCAUCAACGUAGCCACACCGGAGAGAAGCCUUAUUCCUGCGAAAUAUGCAAGAAGAGUUUUACGCGCUCCACCCAAUUAAAAACACAUAUGCGGAUACACACCGGUGAGAAGCCGUUCUCUUGUGAGACAUGCCAGAGGCAGUUUAAGGAUCAGAGCAUUUUAAAAAUGCAUAUAAGAAUACAUACUGGGGAAAAGCCAUACUCUUGUGAAGUAUGUAAAAAAAGUUUCUCGCAAUCGAGCGCUUUAAAAGUGCAUAAACGAAUACACACCGGUGAGAGGCCUUACGGUUGUGAAACAUGUCAAAAGCGGUUCGCAGAUUUGAGUACUUUAAAGGCACAUAAGCGUAUACACACAGGGGAAAAACCGUACUCCUGUAAGAUGUGCAAUAAGGCGUUUACGCAAUUGGCUAAUUUAAGGAUGCAUGAGUGGCGAAACUCGUGUACAAAAAAAGAUGAGGCUGUUAAGGCUUUCCCCUGAUAGGCUGAACUGUGUUCUUGUUGUUGUUAGUGCAGUAUUUUUUACUAUUUUUAU